AUGGGUAUACCAGAAUCAAAAUCUACACUUGAAGCCAAUUACACUGAUUAUAAUAAAGUGAACCAAAAAAAGCAAUAAAAUUAACCCCCAUCUGUUGAAGCUGAUUGCUGUGAUAAUUAGAAAAAUGAUUAUAUCAUUUUGAUAGAUUGUGGCCAUUUAUAUCACUUACAUUGCUGGCAAUAAAAAUAAAGAGAAUAAAAAUAAUUUAUAUGUUUUUGCGAAAGCCAAAUGAAAGCAAAACUUCCUUUUUAAGUCAAGCCUUGUUAUUGAUUACUAUGAAUACAUAUUCUAAUAUUUUUUAAGUUA